ACCGACCGGCGCGAACGCACGUUACCGGUUCAAAUUAUAACGUUAAAACGUUUAAUAAAUAAACGGUAAACGUUUCAAAUAAAAAUGUAAACGUGUCAAAAAUAAAUAAUAUAAUCAAUUGAGAAAAACUUAAUUUAACAUUUAGGUAUUUUGACUUAGUUGGUUUAUGACAAAAUUUAAUUAGACGGAACUUAAAGUUGUGAGUUAGUGUUUGUAUGUUUGUUUUUAUUUGAACAAUGGAUCCAGAGAAGAAACAAAACGAAGUGACAGUGGACGAUAUUUUACACGAAUUGGGACCGUUUAAAAAGUUUAAUAUAUGGAAUUAUUUUUUAAUUUUGAUACCGGUUUUCCUCGCUGGGAUGUACUCGUCUGUGUUUAACUUUGAAGUGUUAGACUUGGAUUAUAGAUGUGCAAUCCCUGAAUGCGUUGACAACCCUGACGCGUUGAACUACACCAUACCGCGCCUCGAAGACGGCGGCUUCGCGAAGUGCCUCCGCUAUGGCACCUUCAGUAACUCUACCAACAGCUCGUGCUCCGCUGAUGCCUUCGACACUUCCGUCGAGCUUGAGUGCGACGAGUACGUCUAUUUGGAACAACAUUCUAUUGUCAAAGAAUUCAACCUGGCCUGCCAAGACUGGAAGCGGACCCUAGUGGGCACGGUCCACAACGCCGGUUUCUUCGUGUCCAUUCCCCUCACCGGACUAAUCUCGGACAAGUUUGGCCGCCGGCUCGCCGUGGUCUUUGCGUGCGUGUCGAAUGGCGUCUUCGGGCUGAUCCGGGCGCUGUCGGUCAACUAUAACAUGUUCGUGGUGUUUGAGUUUCUGGAACCAGCGUUCGGGGGUGGGGUUUAUACUGCGUGUUUUGUGCUGGCCCUGGAGCUAGUGGGUCCAAAAGGCCGUGUCCUUGUGAGUCUCCUCUUCAACACCAUGUUCAUCCUCGGAGGCGUCACCGUCACCCUGCUGUCCCUGUGGCUGCAGAACUGGAGAUAUCUGCUCUUCAUCAUCUACACGCCUGCUGUCUUCGUGUUCCUCUAUAUGUGGAUGCUGACUGAGAGUUUCAGAUGGUUCUUCAGUAAAGGACGCUACGACGAGGGCCUCAAAGUCUUAAGUAAAGCGGAAAGAAUGAACAACGUCGUGGUACCCAAAGAACAUUACGACCAAGUCGAAAAGCAAGCCAUUCAGCAAAGAGACGCAAGAAAAUGCGCGAACAUAGCUAGCAACCAAUCGUCGUUCAAGCAGAUCCUGACUUCCAGUAUGAUUUGGAAGAGAGUUUUCACCGUAUCGUUCCUCUGGACAUGCUCUACUUUGGUCUACUAUGGCUUGUCUAUAAAUGCCAUAGAACUGUCUGGGAAUAGCUAUCUGAACUAUAUUGUGGUGAUCGUGAUCGAGGCGCCAGCAAAUGUCUGCAAACUUAUAUUGUUGGAUAGAUAUGGAAGGAAGAAGGUGAUUGCUGUCGCGUUCUUCUUGACCGCUCUGAUAUUGAUCAACUACGGAUUCGUUCCUGCUGGCAUGUGGUCCCUGGUGUUCUAUCUGGGCGGGAAGUUCUUCAUAACCCUCGCCUACAACUCUCUGUACGUGUUCGCGGCUGAAGUGUUCCCGACCAACUACAGGACGACGCUUCUCGCGCUGUGUUCAACUAUAGGGAGGACCGGGUCCGCUGUUGCUCCUAUGACGCCACUUCUGGCGCGCGUGUACGAGUACCUGCCAACAAUAUUGUUCGGGGUGAUGGCGGCCAUGUCUGGUCUCCUGGUACUCACGUUGCCAGAGACCAACAACCUGAAACUGCCGGACUCGCUCAAGGAGGCCCAGGAUCAGGAUAGAAAGGAUGUGCCGGAGGAUCGUGACGUUCGGGAAACUAGUAAAACUAGGUUAUAACUUAGCGUAACUUAAGUACCUAUAAAAUAAUUUGGUCCCUUAAAUAGAGAGUACCUACUAAUUACUUUGAUUUACGUGACUAUCGUGACUGCAGCUCAUGCACUGUUGGUGCAUGAAAAUGUAGCAAAUGGCUCUCCGAAACAUGUCGCGCUAUAAUCUGUAUCUUUAGCCAUAUAAAUAAAAGUAAACAAAAUCUAUCCUCAAAUGGCUCCUUAAACCAGUUGAGGGUAGAUGACAACAUUAUACGAUCAAAUAAUGUAGGUUAAAGUCAGGUCAUUCAGUGACUGAUCCAGGCAGUUUUGUAAUUGGUCGGUUAACCAAUAAAUGAUAUACCCGAAAAUUUACAAAAUGUUUGUUUACUUUUAUUUAAAUAUCUAAAGAUACAGACUAUAGUGACUAAAAUUACUUGAGUUAAACCAUAAAAGUAAUAUGAGUCAUAACUCACGACAGUUUAAAUUCGAUUCUUCAAAGAUCUAUAUAAGUCAGUUAAUAAUGACUCUAACUGGUAGUAAUUUAGGACUUAGGUAUGUUCUUUUUUUUAUUUGGCACAAUUGAUUUCUAUCCCUAAGUUAGGAAAGUACAUUCAAACCAAACUUUAGCAACCACGUUGAACGUAGAAUUUGCUAAUAUCUAAUACAAAUAUAUAUUUGUAUACUGGUGCUAAAAUACGAGGUCCUUCUCGAUCAUAUCACGAUAUCUAAUCUAAUAUAGUAGGUAAGUACCUUUACACGAGCAAUUCUUGUUUAUUUAUUUAUAUGUAUAUUUAUUUACUUUUAUAUGUAUUUCGGGGAUCUCGGAAACGGCUCUAACGAUUUCGAUGAAAUUUGCUAUAUUGGGGUUUUCGGGGGCGAUAAAUCGAUCUAGCUAGGUCUUAUCUCUGAGAAAACGCGCAUUUUUGAGUUUUUAUAUGUUUUACGGAUAUUUACCUAUUAAACUGUAUAAUUAUAUAAUUAUCUUAUCAAAUCAGUGUAUCAUAUUUUGAAGAGUUAAGCAAUUUUAAAGUGCGUCGGCGUCGGCACAACUGUUUCUAGCAAAAUCAUUUUCAUUUAUAGAAUGCCAUGACUCGCAAACAAUAAAAUAAAUAUGUAUUCAAUUUUUCACAUACCUAUACCUAUAAACGGAGCUCAAAACGUACCUAUUGUAUAAACAAUGAUUUUUCAAAAACAUUUAAGGGUAGGUAUAUAUAUAUAUAUACAAUUGACUCUAACUUUUUGUAUAUAUACUUGUGUAACGAUUAUCAUUUACGAAAACGGGAAUUAAUGGCGUAACUAUAACUAAGUUUUAAUAAUCGCGUAUAGAAUAAUUAAGUUUUAAAAUUACUUCGUUUCCUAGUUUUCCCUGGUGUGGAAAAUGUUAAAUUUGAUAAACAAGACGAGACGAGAUAUUUGCGCGUAGUUCCAAAAACUCGCGCAGCUAGAAAAUUGUGAUGUUAACUUUAGCCAGUCUUCUCCGAGACCACACGGACGAUGCCGUUCUCGAAACGUAGAAGGUAAUUUAAAAAAAAUCCCUUUUCGUAAAUAAUAAUGCGUGGUAAUCGUGAAAGUAUAAAUCAGUGUUACCCAGAUGUAUUUAUGUAGGUAUUUUACUUCAGAACUUCGACUAGUAAAAUAACAAUCUCAUCUCCUUAAGACAGUGUUCUCUUUUGGUUACGCCAUUUGACUUUCUGGUUGUGAUACUUAUAGAAUAAGUUGUAAUUUAGAAAUAAGUAUAGAUUAGUAGUGUGUAUAUGUUUUAAUACCUAUUUAAUUGUAGUUUAAAAUAUUUUUUUUUAUAUUCACAACGGGCUGGCGCCAAUUGUCUAUAAAAAUGUUGAAACAUUAAAAAUCUAGAAUUAGUAUUUUAUAAUAAAAAAAAAUUGUAAUAUAAAUAUUUAAGCAGUAGGAUUUAUUACAAAAUAGUCUAAAUUAUGUCAUAAUAUGUCUUACCCUUAACUAAAUGACAGUUUUUUUUUGUUGUGAUUACAUUAUUUUGCUUUGUUCACUUCGUAUAGG